CUUCAACGCUUACGCCUCCACUCCUUGAGGUAGCAGGGGUGGCAGAGGCCCUUAAUGUACUUGUGGCAGUUCUGGAUGCCGCAGUGCUGGCACUCGCCGUUGGGCCCACGCUGCUUCAGCCCUUUCGCAGCGAGAGCGCGGUUGGCCGCCUUCCGCCCCGCCUCCGCGCGCUUGGAGCAGCCGACCGGGCCCAGUGUGGUGCUUGGAGCAGCCGACCGGUCGGAGGAGGAGUGAGGAAGGGGACGUUGAAAUGCGUAAAUGCGAAUGCAAAUGCAGAUGGUAGCGGAGGUUGUUGUCGCUUGCAAGCAGUGAAAGCGGUCAGCAGAAAGCACUGAGAGCUGACAUGUUACAUUGUUACCUCAAACGGACGGUAACCGCCGUCCGCUGCUGAGGCCGCCGAGAGCCGCCAUGUACCAAAUGAAACCAGGGAAACUGCUGGGCUGGUGGGUCGCUGGCGUGCUGGCGAAACGCGGGGUGUGGCACGGGGCGUGCGGGACCAACUCCUGUGGGUGCACACGAGUACUGACACGCGGGUACCACUCUGGCUACUAUGGUUUGGAGCUACGAGGAGGCGACCUGAAAGGCCGUACGGCUGCAGCCGUGCAUGGGGUGUGCAAUGGGACACGCAAAUAUUUUCGUCGUGAAAACUAAAAGCGUGAUAGCGUGACGGAUAGCGUACGCACAGUGUAUGCAGGAUACGCAAUCGCCACUGUAAAAAGAGUAGGCA